CUGGCCAGAUGGACAGCACGGCUUGGUCUGGGGCUCGGGUUCGGGGGGACCCGGCUCGGGGCAGAAAGCAGCCUUUUAUAGCCGGCCCGCCGCCGCUCCGCUCACACCUCCACGCUCCGCUGCCGAGCGCGCCGCCGCCGCCGGACCCGCAGCCCGCACCCCGCAGCCCAUGGCGCCGCUGCCCCCGCUCCUGCUGCUGCUCCUGCUGCUGCCCGCGGCCCUUUAUAAAGGUGCUUUGGGGGAAGCCCGUUCCAGACAGCGGCGGGGGAUCCUGGAGCUGGCCGGAGCCAUUCGCUGCACCACGGGCCGCUCGCCCUUCGCCUACCUGCGCUACGGCUGCUACUGCGGGCUGGGGGGGAGAGGAUGGCCCAAGGACAGGGUGGACUGGUGCUGCUUUAACCACGACUGCUGCUAUGGCAAGGCAGAACAAGCAGGUUGUCAGCCAAAGACUGAGAGUUACCACUGGGAAUGCAAAGACAAUUCUGCUGUGUGUGAUUCACUAGAAGACAAAUGUCAAAAGAUGGCCUGUGAAUGUGACAGGGAAGCUGCCAAAUGUUUUUCUAAAGCUCCGUAUCACAGAAAAUACCUUUUGUGGCCAGACUUUAUGUGUGGUGAGAUCCAGCCUUUGUGCAGGUAUUAGACAUCCAACAUCAGUCUUCAUGAAAACUCUAUGUAUUUAAAUCUAAAAUGACUUUUUUGUGUCACAGCAGUGAUAACAAAUGAUGCUGCCCUUUGUUGAUGCUCCUUCUUGCCACCUCAGCCUCUCUGCCCAAGAACGGCCAAAGUAAACAUGUACCCUCUUA